AUGCAGCAUUUACCGGUUAAAAGCAACCUUCUUCAUUCAAAUUCAGAGACGACCAACAUUGUCUUUGGAGGUGACGAGCAGCCCCUUUGCCCGAAACCUCGCCGCCUUGGACCUCCCAUUCCUGAGGUUCUCAAGCCCCUCAGAUGCAGCAAACACAGCCAAGCCAAUACUGAUGGGAGAAGUGGAGUUCUGAACAUGAUCGCUGAGAAGACAGGUGAUGGAAGAGAAUCAGCAGCAUGCACCGGCUGCUCUCCAUCCUGUUAUUCAGGUUCUCCUCCGGGAAGAACAGGUAAUCCCUUGGUUCACGACGUGCACUUCAUUCAUCAAAUGGAGCUUCUUUCACCCUUCACUCGCACCAAGCUUUCAGAUAAAUUUGGCAUCACCUCUGCCUCUCCCGUUUGA